CGGCGGCCCGCGCGUGCGCAGUGCGUCGCGCCUGCGCACGGCGGCCCCGCGCCCCUCCGGUUCCGCCGUGCGCCCGCGGGCUGAAUGGGCUUCGGGUUCCGCGCCGCCGGCGAGUGGCGGGCGGCUGCUCCUCCGCCUCCGCGAGCGCCGGCGACUCGUCCCGCCUCGUCCAGAAACCGUACGUCCGGGCCCGCGCCGGAGGAGCGGCGCCUCUGAGGGCUGCGGCGACCCCGCCGGCCUCGGUCUCUUUCCUGGCGGCGGCGGCUUCUUCCGUGGGACAAUAUGUUCAAGAGAAUGGCCGAAUUUGGGCCUGACUCUGGCGGCAGAGUGAAGGAUAUGUCAGCAUAUGUGAAGAAAAUUCAAUUUAAGUUACAUGAAAGCUAUGGCAAUCCUUUAAGAGUUGUUACUAAGCCUCCAUAUGAAAUUACUGAAACAGGAUGGGGUGAAUUCGAAAUAAUCAUCAAAAUAUUUUUUAUUGAUCCUAAUGAAAGACCUGUGAGUAAUGUUAUAGAAAUGACAGUAUUUCACAAUGAUGAAGGUAACCAUUGCACAGAUGUGAUGUCUGUUUUUAUUUCACAGGUAACCCUGUAUCAUUUGUUAAAGCUGUUCCAGUCAGAUACCAAUGCAAUGCUGGGGAAAAAGACAGUGGUUUCAGAGUUUUACGAUGAAAUGAUAUUUCAAGACCCAACAGCAAUGAUGCAACAAUUAUUAACAACAUCUCGUCAGCUAACAUUAGGAGCCUACAAGCAUGAAACAGAAUUUGCAGAACUUGAAGUGAAAACCAGAGAAAAAUUAGAAGCUGCGAAGAAAAAAACAAGCUUUGAAAUUGCAGAGCUUAAGGAGAGAUUAAAAGCAAGUCGUGAAACUAUAAAUUGUUUAAAAAAUGAAAUCAGGAAACUCGAAGAAGAUGAUCAAACAAAAGAGAUGUAAAUAGUUCUGAAGAGAACUGGGUAGGAAACUAAAUUGAAAAUAAGGUGGACUUGAAAGGGGAAAUAGAUUGCUUGUUAACCAUCGGUUUCUCAGCAAUGGGGUCAAAGUAUUUGUACUUUUCAAGCAAUAUUUAAUGUGAAACAUGUAUAUAAUAGAUAUGAAUUCUGUAUGGGCAUUUUAACCCAUUUUAGGGUAAAUUCUAUGAUGGUAAGCACAAUUAAAAACUUUUUUUUUAUUACA